AUGGAGGAUGCAGGUGACGUGGAGGGCAAUCAAUUGCAGAGAAAUAAAGGCGACAUACAGAUCACAAGACCUAAUACCAGUGCAUCAAUGGAUUCCAUUCAAGAGUACCAAAGUAAUAGCACUGAUGACAAUGAUAGUGUUGAGCCAAUGGAAAUUGACAAGGAUAAUGAAAACGAACAUGAAAUGGUGCAAAAUGAUGUAGUUCCCCAGAUAGAUGAAAACAAUGCAAACAGGAAAAAGAAAAAUGUCCUUCCGCCUUGCCCAGCAUGGUGCAAAAAGAAAUGCACAGAAAAAAUAAGCAAAGACCAAAGAGAAGGAAUUAACCAAGAAUAUUGGAUGUUGUCUAAGGAGCAACAACGAGUAUGGCUCCUAAGCCAUGCUGAGGCAACUGUUCCAAAACGUACCAACCCAAAUGCUACCAACCCACGGAAACACACAUACACAUAUUCGCUGAUGAGUGAAGAUUAUGGAAAUGUCCAGGUAUGCAGAACAUUUUUCCUCACGACAUUGGGAUUCAAGUCCACUAGCAAUUGUGUCAUAACAUGGCUUUUUAAGUUGAUCGCUGAGCAAGGGACAGGGGUAUAUGCUCCUAAAGAUGGACGAGGCCGACACGGAAACCAUGCACACAAGCUUUCAGAUGAAAAGAAAAAAGUCAUAAAAGACCAUAUAAUGUCACACCAUCCAUGCAUUUCGCAUUAUCGUAGGGAACAUGCACCAAACAGACUUUACUUACCACCGGAGCUAAAUGUUACAGUGAUGUUCGCCGACUUUAAUGACAAACAUCCAGGUGUUUGCAAGUACCAAACCUACCGGAAAAUGAUCAGAGACCUUAAUAUAAGCUUUGCCCGUUUAGGAAAAGAAGAGUGUGAAAUCU